AUGCGGCCGGAUAAUUUACGAUCUAACGAUCCACGGCAUUCGCUACUGAAAGCACCCACAGCUGAGCUAUGUUUCAAUAAAUGUGAUCACAAAUGCUCAAAACGUGCAAUCAGCAGGGACUUUGGUUUGCUAGAUGCUGGCUUACGUAUGAUCAAUCAGGAAGUGAAAAAGAUGUUGGAUCUAAGUGAGCGUAUAUUAGCCAAAAAGUGGGGAGUUCAAACUACUCAUCAACGGGUCUUGACAAGAAAACGAUUCCAUAUACGAAGACGGCCAAGUGUACCUAAUGAGGCCAGAACCACAAGAAGACUCGAGUUCGAACCAGAAGAACUGUGGCCCAUUCGUAAAGGGCGAUGUCGUAGUGCAGCACCGGAUUUGAUUCGACGUCAGCACUCGACUGAUCAUUAUGGUUCUUAUGCGGAGCGACAGAACUUUUGGGAACUGGAUCAAACUGCCCAGCAUAACUCUGCUUUGAUUAAUGAACCCAAUCAGUCUGAGGUCCCAGAACGUGUAUCGUCGCUUCAAGAUAAGAAUUCACAAAAGCCAAGCAGGCGCAACACGAUUGUGUCGGUUAAUCGGAAAGAAGAAGGACAGGACGAGACGCAUCACACACUAGAACCUCCUGAUCUGAUGCCACGGUCACCGGCAUCCACAACUUGGGCUAAAUUAUCCCCGGAGCGCACGAUAUCUAUGGACACAUUGGAGAUACUUGGUGCCAUCGAACGCCCAGAUACGAUUGAAAAUUUAUCUCGUCGUCAGUUGGAAAAGGAAAUUCAUCGAUCACCGUCCCCUAUAAACGCUACCACGAGGCCACAUCGUAAAGAGACAUCGAAACCCUUACCCAAUCAGGAAAUAGCCCCUGUCACUCAGAGCGCUGAGCCGUUAACACCCGCGAGCUCAUCACCCAACCAAACAACAUACAUAGUACCUAUCGCCUACCCGAGUAUUUUAUACUAUCCGGUAGCACAACCUACAACAUACACCGAUUUCAGGUCACAGGCAGGUGUUCCACCGAUAUCUGCCAAUGGCGUAUUGGUACAAUCAAAUCCAACGUCGAUAAUGCCUGUGCAGCAGUUAUGUCCACCACCAAUAGUUUACGGUUCGUGUGUCACGCCCACUCUAUCCCCACCGGUCUUUCAACAAACAGUGUUUUUGCCCAGCACAUUUCAUCUGUUGUCAUAUCAGGCUCUGUGA